UUAUUUAAAAAAUCAGCAGAGAAAAAUAUUCCCCCAAACCCCUGUUACACUCUUGUCCCUUUCACACUCCCUCUUGCUAUUUUUCUCCUCCACUGUACACACUCCUUUUUCCCUUUCCCUUCAAAACAAACUCUCUCUCUCUCUCUCUAGAAAACCAGACCUAUUUGUUUCCUACUUUCUCUCUCUAGAGUUGGAGCAGAUACACUCAUUAGAUAGAGAGAGAGAGAGAGUAAAGAAAAGAUGAGAGGGCCAUUGGGGCCGGUGAUCGGUAAGUACCCAUCGUCUAGUGGUGAUGUGAAUGGUGGAGUUGGGAAUGAUAUAAUUAAACACAACAGAAAAUGCAGAGAUGUGGCGUUUCUUGUUGUCUUCAUUGCCUUUUGGGUGGCUAUGAUUGUUAACUCCAGCUUUGGCUUCAACCAAGGAAACCCAUUGAGAUUAAGCUAUGGGCUGGACUACAAAGGAAAUGUAUGUGGCGAUAGACACGCCGAUCGAGACCUCCAUGAAUUGGAACUGAGAUAUUGGUUAAACCCUAAUCAGGUUUACCAAACAGGUUUAAAGGAGAGCAAGUUCCAGCUCUCGAAUGCUCGGAGUAUUUGCUUGUUGGACUGUCCAAUCCCGUCCGAAGACUCCCUUAAUUGGGUCUGUGACUAUCCCGAGGGAGAUAUCCAUCUCUCAAUGGAUGAUUGGAUUGAUAGAAACUAUGAUUAUUUCGCUGACCUCACUCCUAUACUCAGAAACUCUUCUCUUCAGCUUCAGGGCCCGUGCUAUCCCGUUAUAUUUCCGAGUGUUAAUGUUUAUUGGACGUGCCAGUUUAUUGCGCGUGCGUCGAAUGUAUCUUUGAAGCAUUGGGAGCAGAUGGGUGGAGUGAAAGUCAUAGAGGAUAUUGCAAUUGAUAAAUCCAUCCACAAAUCGAUUAACUCUCGUUCGUCGGUUCUGAAGAGAUAUGUGGCUGAUGUAGGAAAAUCUUGGCCUGUACUUCUUGUUUGCGGAGGAUUUCUGCCUCUGUUUCUAUCGGUCAUUUGGCUUUUGAUGAUUCGUCAUUUUGUGACCGGAAUGCCGUGGAUUACUGUCGUUGUUUUCAAUGUUCUAAUUGUAUCUGUCACUAUGUUUUACUAUUUGAAAGCUGGAUGGAUUGGAAACGAUGCCAUCUCUCCAAUUAUCGGUGAACACGACCCGUAUUAUCAUGUAUCUGCAAGGGAGCUAAAUCAUCUCCAUGCAGCUGCUGUUUUCAUGACUGUUCUAAUGAUUGUCUCUUUCCUAUCAUCGAUCGCCAUAGUGCGGCGUAUUCUCAUGGCGACAUCUGUCCUUAAGGUUGCUGCUAAGGUUAUCGGAGAAGUACAUGCACUGAUUAUUUUUCCGGUUAUACCAUACGCAAUAUUGGCUAUCUUUUAUAUGUUCUGGUUAUCGGCUGCUCUUCAUCUAUUUAGUUCCGGAAACGUCGUGCAGAAUGAUUGUGGUGCUAAUUGUUGUGCUUAUGAUCUCAAAAUGAUGAAAUUAAGCUGUAAUAGUUGCUGUGGUUAUAACGUUAAAUACACUUCUCAUAUCGCUGCUUCGAUUCUUUUCCACCUGUUCGGUGGCUAUUGGGCCACACAAUUCUUCAUAGCUUCCUCGUCGACCGUGAUCGCUGGCUCUGUUGCUUCUUAUUAUUGGGCUCGUGGCGAAACAUCGACAGAGAUACCGCUUCUUCCCGUUUUUUCUUCGAUGAAGCGGCUCGCGCGAUACAGUUUAGGAUCUAUUGCUCUCGGUUCUUUAGUUGUAUCGUUCGUUGAAUCAAUUAGGUUUAUACUCGAAUCUCUUCGACGAAAGCUUAAACUCGUUAAUCCUAAUCAUGGAAGCUGGAUUGGAAAGGUUGUGUACCAAACUUCACAGGGUUGUAUUAGGUGUAUCGGUUACGUCAUCAAAUCCGUAAACCGUAAUGCCUACAUUAUGAUUGCAAUAACAGGAAAAAAUUUCUUCAAAGCUUCGGAGAUUGCAACGGAAUUGAUAAUGAGUAACAUACUUCGAAUCGGGAAGGUGAAUGUGAUAGGAGAUGUGAUUCUCUUUCUUGGGAAGCUAUGCGUCAGUCUUACGAGUGCGCUCUUCGCCUUUCUAAUGUUGGACACUCACAAAUAUAAAUCGGCACAUAACAAGAUUUCGUCUCCACUAUUCCCUGUUCUGGUGUGCUGGGGAUUUGGGUACAUAGUGGCAACUCUGUUCUUCGGAGUGGUGGAAAUGUCAAUUGACACAAUUAUCCUUUCGUUCUGCCAAGACUCGGACGAACACCAAGGAACUGCUCAAUACGCUCCUCCUCUGCUUAUCGAGACUCUCAACGACCAAAACGAGAUGCAAAGACUGACUCAAUGAGUCGUUUUUCAAAUGACUUUCGAUAACUUUUUUUUUUUUUUUUUUUUUUCCGUGUUUUGCAUUUGUUUAAUAGUACACUUGAUUUUCUGAUGCAGAAGUAAUUCUUUUUAGUUACUUGGUUUUUGGCCUCAAUUGCUGAGCACACCAUAUAAGCAAACCCUUAGAUGUAUGUGUAUAUAUAUAUAUGAGUUUGGAGAUUGAAAGAAUUCUUGGUUAAGGGAAUGAAUGCCUCAACAGUUUUAUGCUUCAGGUUUUUCAA